ACCUAUUAUUUAACCUCAUUUUUUGAAACAGGGUACGAAAAUGUCGAUUUAUUUCAGUGGAAGUUUUUCGCGGUCUUCGGGUGUGGGAAGUGCAAUAACAAAACUACUAAAAAGUGUUAAUUUAAAACCUGUGAAACGAAUUCAAGUGCAGUUUGAUCCGUUUCACCCAAAUGCCGUCACAGCAAGAGACUUCCUUUUCCAUAUAUCAAACCCAAAAGUGAUCGAAACCAACUUAAGUUGUAUCAUUAGACCUAACGUUGUUUGCGACAGGAGUGAGCCACAAAUCAAAGUUGAUUUACUUGAUUCAGGGAGCGUCACGUUUCUUGCUAAUAAUUUAACAGUUCUGGAAAUACUGCAACAGUUUAAUAAACACAUCAGUAGCAAAGUCAAAGUGGAAGAGGAGGCAAAGCCAGCACAGGUCACCAAAUCAGAGAAAAAGAAGAAGCGGUAACAUGGGCAUGAAAGUGAACCAUAAAAAUUAUCAACUGAAGUUGAUAGAUCACGUCUAUAAUCAAAUUCCAGCUUUUACGGAUAUUUUCACUGAAGAAACGUUUUACAUGACUGUGGUGGCCGUUGUUAUAAGCACCAUAGUGGUAGUAGUUAUAGUUUCACGCUAUGUUACCCUUAAACCUGUAGACUAACUCGUAAUAAAUGUUUUUUUUAUUAA